AUCGGAAAAGCUCUCUUUUAUUCAAGUCUCCCCAACUCUCAUAUACUUGAAUUUUCUAUUAUCUCUCUCAGAAAAUUACAUCAAUUCUCUCUGUUUGGUUGAAUUCUCGAGAUCUGUUUGAUUCUGAAUCCUUGUAAUAUUUGUAUCAAACCAGUAAAAAUGGGGUUUUGUGAAGAAAUUUUGAUGGAAGCGGGUAGCUCCAAUUCGUCGGGUCAGCUAUCCGGGCGGGUCGUUGAUACAAGAGGCAAACAUAGGAUUCAAGCUGAACUCAAAAGGCUUGAACAAGAAGCUCGAUUCUUAGAGGAAGAGCUGGAGCAGCUUGAAAAGAUGGACAAUGCAUCAGCGUCAUGCAAAGAGUUCUUAGACAGUGUUGAGAGCAAACCCGAUCCUCUUCUUCCCGAAACAACAGGUCCGGUGAAUGACACAUGGGAUCAAUGGUUCGAAGGCCCUAAAGAAGCAAAACGAUGUGGCUGCUCCAUUCUUUGAUCUUCAUUUCCCUCUCUUAAUUUUUUUUUUGUCUCUACUUCUUCUAGAAGAGUGAGUUUGUGUGUUUUACGGCAGUGAAAUUGAUGUAAUUGGCAAAAAAUGAUUCAUUUGUGCAGAUAAAAUCUAUUGAUAUUA